GGGGUCUUGCUACGUUGUCCAGGCUGGUCACAAAUAAGUUUUUAGUAUAAAUAUGUCCCCUGCAAUAUUUGCAGAGAUAAUAAUUAUUCUUUUAUGUGGGGCAGGGAUCCUGAUCUUCAAAAGCGCCAGUGUCUAAGAAGUGAUGAAGGAUUUGCUGAAUGAACUGAUACACUUGAGUGGCUCCGAAGGCAUGAGCAAAACUAUUGCAUAGAACAUACUUACAUUUCAAAACCAUUUGUUGUUUAUCUGACAUUAAGAUGUGACUGGGCAUUUGUAAUUUUUUUUUUCUUUUUUUGAGAUGGAGUCUCGCUCUGUUGCCCAGGCUGGAGUGCAGUGGCGCGAUCCUGGCUCACUGCAAGCUCCGCCUCCCGGGUUCACGCCAUUCUCCUGCCUCAGCCUCCCGAGUAGCUGGGACUACAGGCGCCCGCCACCAAGGCCUAAUUUUUUGUAUUUUUAGUAAAGACGGGGUUUCACUGUGUUAGCCAGGAUGGUCUCGAUCUCCUGACCUCGUGAUCCACCCGCCUCGGCCUCCCAAAGUGCUGAGAUUACAGGUGUGAGCCACCGCGCCCAGCCUUGUAGUUUUUUACUUGCUAAACUGGCAAUCUGAUCUUAAGGCCAUCCACAGCUUUCCUAGGUUCACAGUAUAGAGUAAGAAUUUAUAUAGACUGAAGAAGAUUAAGAGUGUUUCUUUAUUUUUUGUGGAAUUAUUUAACCACUUAACACUGAAGUACCAGGUGAAGGGUAAAUUGAAAUAACUCUUUCCACUUCUUUUAGCUCUAAAUAUCAAUCAGGACAUUAUUAUUAUUGCUGUUUUCUGGACUUACAUCGUUAUAGAGUGACUAUGAGUGUGAUAGUGUCACCAACAAUUAUGGCCAAUAAUUUCCAUGUUAAAUUCCUAGAACAGAAAGAUGUUGCAUCAAAUUCUUGAAAUCGCAGACUUAGGAAAUUAAGUUACAUAAACAGCAGAUGUUCAGGCUGAGGAAGGAAAGAAGCUGAAACAAGUACUCCCAAUUAUUCAACAAUCCCUUGAAGCCGCCACUGUAACUCUGGGAAUUGAAAUACCAUUAAGUCCUAUCACGGCCACCACUUAGCCUUUUUUCUCUUACUAUUAUUUGUAAUUCCAUAAUCAAGCUAGUUUUCCUACGAAGUUCUGGGGUAGGAGUUUUCUUUUUUCGGAAAUUUCAUUUGGAUAAAGAAACAUGGUCAAAAAGUUACAACGGUGCAAAUGGUUAUACAAAGAAAAACAAGUCUCUCUUCUAUCGUUACCCCUAGUUCCUGGACCGCAGGUUCUUAACUUGGGUUAGGAACUGCAGUCUAAGGGUUUCUAGAGUAAUGUGAAUUUUCUCAAUGCAUAAUUUUCAAUGUACAGAUAAUUUUGCUCGUUUGUGGGGAGAGGAUCCAAACUUUUACCUGAGCCUCAAAAGGGUCCGUGAUGCAGAGAACCUGCUGAAGUAACCGAUGCGCCCGAGUGACUCGGAACGGGGGGUGCAGAUAUCCUGUAAUAAUUUGUCCCCGUGUGAAAAGUCUACCCCUAUCCACUCCACUCCACUCCACUCCGGGGCCGCUUGGAAGGGACGCUCUCCGUGGAAGGCAUUCAGCUCUUCCUAAGUUUUCCGCCUGCCGCAUUCCUCCCCUCCGGCGCGCCGGCGUGCGCUUACGUCAUGACGCCGCACACGCAGCCCCGCCCCUGCAGAGAUCAGCGCUGGGACGGAACCCGGGUUCCUCUCAAACCGGGACUGUGACGCUUUUGGCCUGGCUGGCCGCUGUUCUCUGUCCCACUUUUUACUCGGGCCUGCGUCCGCUGCCGCCGUCCCUCAGUUUGCCCCCGGAGGAGGCAGGGCGGCCGUGCCUUCUGCCGUGCGCCCGCGUGGCUGCCACCGCCCCUCCGAAUCCUCCGGGGCCGCAGAGGGGUUCGCUACGGAGGGAGGCGGGGGCCUUCGGGAGGAGGAGGCGGAGGAGGCGGAGGAGGAGGGAAGGAAGAUGGCGGCCGUGGAACUAGAGUGGAUCCCAGAGACUCUCUAUAACACCGCCAUCUCCGCUGUCGUGGACAACUACAUCCGCUCCCGCCGAGACAUCCGCUCCUUGCCCGAGAACAUCCAGUUUGAUGUUUACUACAAGCUUUACCAACAGGGACGCUUAUGUCAACUGGGCAGUGAAUUUUGUGAAUUGGAAGUUUUUGCUAAAGUACUGAGAGCUUUGGAUAAAAGACAUUUGCUUCAUCAUUGUUUUCAGGCUUUGAUGGAUCAUGGUGUUAAAGUUGCUUCAGUCUUGGCCUACUCAUUCAGUAGGCGGUGCUCUUAUAUAGCAGAAUCAGAUGCUGCAGUAAAGGAAAAAGCCAUUCAGGUUGGCUUUGUUUUAGGUGGCUUUCUUUCAGAUGCAGGCUGGUACAGUGAUGCUGAGAAAGUUUUUCUGUCCUGCCUUCAGUUGUGUACUCUACACGAUGAGAUGCUUCAUUGGUUUCGUGCAGUAGAAUGUUGUGUGAGGUUGCUUCAUGUGCGAAAUGGAAACUGCAAAUAUCAUUUGGGUGAAGAAACAUUUAAAUUAGCUCAGACAUAUAUGGAUAAACUAUCAAAACAUGGCCAGCAAGCAAAUAAAGCUGCACUCUAUGGAGAACUGUGUGCACUCCUAUUUGCAAAAAGUCACUAUGAUGAGGCAUACAAAUGGUGCAUCGAGGCAAUGAAAGAAAUUACAGCAGGCUUACCAGUGAAAGUUGUGGUGGAUGUCUUAAGACAAGCUUCUAAGGCUUGUGUAGUAAAACGUGAAUUUAAGAAGGCAGAACAGUUAAUUAAACAUGCAGUGUAUUUGGCACGGGAUCAUUUUGGAUCCAAACACCCAAAAUAUUCUGAUACACUGCUAGAUUAUGGGUUCUACUUACUCAAUGUAGAUAAUAUCUGUCAGUCUGUUGCAAUUUAUCAGGCAGCCCUUGACAUUAGACAGUCAGUGUUUGGUGGCAAAAAUAUCCACGUAGCAACAGCUCAUGAAGAUUUGGCCUACUCUUCUUAUGUCCACCAGUAUAGCUCUGGGAAAUUUGACAAUGCACUAUUUCAUGCAGAAAGAGCUAUUGGUAUCAUUACCCACAUCCUACCUGAAGAUCAUCUUCUUUUGGCUUCUUCAAAGAGGGUGAAAGCACUUAUUUUGGAGGAGAUUGCAAUUGAUUGUCAUAAUAAGGAAACUGAACAGAGGCUGCUUCAAGAAGCUCAUGAUUUGCACCUGUCUUCGCUCCAACUAGCUAAAAAAGCUUUUGGGGAAUUUAAUGUACAGACUGCAAAACACUAUGGAAACCUUGGAAGACUUUAUCAGUCAAUGAGAAAAUUUAAGGAAGCUGAAGAAAUGCACAUCAAAGCAAUUCAGAUUAAAGAACAACUUCUUGGUCAAGAAGAUUAUGAAGUAGCCCUUUCAGUGGGACAUCUGGCUUCUUUAUAUAAUUAUGACAUGAAUCAGUAUGAAAACGCUGAGAAACUUUAUUUGCGAUCUAUAGCAAUUGGGAAGAAACUUUUUGGUGAAGGCUACAGUGGACUAGAAUAUGAUUAUCGAGGUCUCAUUAAACUUUACAACUCCAUCGGAAAUUACGAGAAAGUGUUUGAAUAUCACAAUGUUCUGUCUAACUGGAACCGGUUGCGAGAUCGGCAAUAUUCAGUGACAGAUGCUCUUGAAGAUGUCAACACCAGCCCCCAGUCCACUGAAGAAGUGGUGCAGUCCUUCCUGAUUUCUCAGAAUGUCGAGGGACCGAGCUGCUGAGGGAGGACCUCAGUUAACCAAUUACCUUUUCCCGGAUUCCAGGGAAUUCAUACUGUGAAAUCAAAACCAUGUUGUUUUGGGGGGCUGGAAUUUGCAUUGAAACACUGGUCCAGUCCAUUGAAGACCCUAUUUUGGGUGAUCCCUAUCUUGCAGAAUGUCUGUAGGAAUAAGCAUAUAUCCAGUUAUAUUCAGCAUGUACCGCAUGUGUAAGUAGUCUGGCCCACAUUUUCAACCUAGUAGAACAAACAACAGGAAAUCUUUUUUUUGUUGUUUUUAAAAAAUUCAUUUUGCAGAAAGCCUGAAAGAAAAAAACAUACCCCUAAAUAAAACUAUUUAAGAGUUUAAAAGAGUUGCAUUCUUAUUAUGUAAGGAUGAUUUUAACAACUUUUUAAUAUGUAAUUCUUCCAUGUGGAGGUAUUCAAUACUGUAGUGUAAAGAAAUUUUAUGCGGAAAAUCUUUAUAUGCAGUAUAGAAAAGUUAACACAAGUACUAAUAAAAGAGGGACAUCCUGACUUACGUUUUUCUACCUUGCCCAGAUAAGUGGAUACAACCACUCUAUAUUACAAGGAAAGGACUGUCAGAUUCAUCUGAACUGGACCAGUGUUGAUCUGUAAUGUAAUAGAAAAUCUGAUAGACCAGCACUUCUGACUUUUUUUUUUUGGUACAACAAUGCAAGAUGCUCUGAUAGCAUUUGCUAACAGGACCAGGAGGAUCUAAAAAGGACCAGCCUAAUGUAGAAGGUGGUUAUUUGGACCAGAGGCUUUAGAUUAUUAUUUUAGAUCCUACAUAUACUUUUAUCAGUAGAAUGAUUUCAUUUAGAUGUAUAAUGAAAAAGGAUAAUGCAAAAAUUAUGUUAAUAGAUACCAAAUUAGGGAAGUUUGGCAAUUUCAAUGGCAUAUUUUUAGUCAAGGUACACAGAUGGCAGUGCCAUAAGCAAGUCUAUAAAUAUCGGCUGCAGCCAUCCCCCUCAUUUUAAAUGUUGCCCUAAUAAUCAAUGCAGUUAACAAGUAUAUUGGCUGUGUGUCAUGAAAUAGUUCAUGUUCAGAUGGAAAUGUUAGGUUACUGUAUGGUUUAUGGAGAUUAAUGAAAAUGAAUGCCCAAAAAUAAGUCUUAGAAAAUCCUUCAUUUUUAUGGUAAAUAGUAAUACAACUAGGUCAUUUCGUUUGAAAUCUAGGAGUCAAAUGGAAAGAUCCCCUAAUAAUACACCUAUUUCACUAACUUGUCUUUCUGUUUAUUGGGUUUUGAUUUGAUUUUUUGUAAGCCAGUCAGGUUAUUUAAUGAUGAGGUAAUAAUCAAAUUUAAGAAUUCGUGACAUGUAGGAAUUCAAGAAACAAAAAGGUAUUUUGCUGUUACCUCAAUUCUUACUGUAGUAGCCCAUCUGAUGCUUCUAUAGUUAAGAAUCUGGGUUCCCCCCCUAUUUUCAGGGGUUCAUGACUUGGCUGUUAAAGAUGUUGCUCCUAGCUAAUGCUUGGAGUAGUCUGUGGGUGAAUGGAUGUGUGUUGAAUUUUAGUUUUCUUUUAACAUGCAUGUUGGGUGAGGGGAAAAAAAUCUAAGCUGUCUGCCACAUUGAGUACAGAAAAGUUGUAGAUUUCAAAUUUUAUUAAUAUUUUAAGCACUUUUUUGAACUUCCCAACCUUGUUUGAAGCUGUUAUUUGCAGUCCUAUUAGUUUUGAGCCAUUGCAUUUAAGUUCCCUAGGAGGGGGUUGGUUGGGGGAUGUACUGAAAGAGAUGAAGCAUACCCACACCCUAAGAUGGUAACUGUGUGAUUUAGAAACCUGAGUUUACUGCUCAAAUCGAAUUAUUUUCUUUUUAAAUUUUGGAAAGAGUAAAUUGACGUACUUGCAGUUUAUGAAGCUGCCCCCCACCCCUCAGUUAAUUGCAGUCUAAUGUCAAGAGGCACUUCUUUAUUAAUUACCAAAUAGUCUUUGUGACCAAGGACUAACAUUUUUAAGUUACUCAGCUCUAUCCUCAUGGGCCUAUAUAUUUAAUACCUCCAAAGAUAUUUUCAGGAUAGGCUUUGUAUACUUCUAUUGGUUAUUUAGAAUCCAGUGGUAUGUUUGUGGUAUAGGAAUGUCAUGGUAAAUUGUUUUUCAAUAAAUAUUUUGAAACAUGUUUCCAUAUGAAGUUUUUUUUUCAAUCUGUAUUUUUUGGUUUUGUGCACAUACAGCAUUUCCUAGGAUAAAAAUAAACAAAUGACUUACAGCCUCAUCCUCCCUAACUCCGUUUGAACUCAACUUAGCUCACACUCAGUGAUAAAACAACAUGAUAUGUAGAAGCCUAGGAUCACAGGGUGAUAAUGUCAACUGGCAGCCAGUUGUGUUUUUUUGAAACAUCAUUAUUGGCAGUUUCUCCUUAUCACCACUGCUUUAAUGUAGUUUUUUUGUAAAUCCAUAUACUUUAAUGCAUACACUCUAGCUUAAGAAAACAUUGCUAUUUUGGUUAGGGAUAUGACUUAAUGUGCUAUUAUUUCUGGUUCUAAUGAAAAGUAAUACCCUAUGACUUUAAGUGUAAGAUUCAUCCUUUAAGUAGGGAUGUUUAGGAUAAGUUAGAGAGAUGUGUGCCACUAUGAUUUAUUGGGUUUCUUAAAAAUCUCGAAGAAAAUAAUAAAAUUUAACUCACAAUAAGUUAACUUGUGCAAACUUUUUACAUAUGGUGAGGUGUGUAAGGAAGCCCUGGCCAACUUAAAGAUUUUUCUGGAGGUUCAGCAAAGUUAUGUUAAAUUAGGGGCCUUUGGUCUCAUCCUUCUCUGACUCUUCUACCCAGUCUUUUCCUAAAGUUCGGUGCUACUCCAGUUGGGUGCAUCAGGGAGCUCCGUCAGCACUCGCAUGUGUCGCUCAGGUGGCCAUUCAUGCCUGCAUUCCAUUUAAUAGAGUCAAUUGGAAUUUUUAGAGCAUAAUCUUUAUGGGUCCUCAAAGCUGACUUUGCCAAAUGGAUUGAGACCCUUACUACCAUCAAAUCUCUGUCUCUGCUUGGUUAAAAAUUGGCUCACUAUUGCUUUGUAGUAACCCCUGCCCAGGUAUUUUUUCAUUUGUGAAAAUAAUUUGAGAAAGACCUUUGUUCCUAGCCUGUUGGGAAAAGUUUAUACUUUUAUGAAAAUUAAGUACAGAGGCUGCGAUCUUAGAAAUAAUGAAGGUGCCAUUUGGCUGCUCCUUAAUAGUGCAGACAGAAAACUGCAGUGAACACAUGCCAAAACAUGAUUGAAGCCUUUGGCUGAAACUUUAUACAUAGAAAUAAUGAUUUGCUCAUAACAGGUAUCAUUAACUGCCACUUUUUAUGUUUUCCCUAGAAUUUGUAGCCUUGCUGCUUGCUUUUUUUCUGGGUGGCAAAGUUACUACUGGAAAAACACUAUAAGUACAAAUUUUUUAGAGUUUUAUCUUUGCUUUAAAAGUGGAUGUGUAUUUCACCUCUUGGCUGUGGAGGACCUUAGUUGCCAGGAAAUUUUUUUUUUUUUUUUCAGACGGAGUUUCGCUCUUGUUGCCCAGGCUGGGAGGGCAAUGGCACCGUCUUGGCUCACUGCAACCUCCGCCUCCCGGGUUCAAGCGAUUCUCCUGCCUCAGCCUUCCGAGUAGCUGGGAUUACAGGCUCCUGCCACCACGCCUGGCUAGGUAAUUUUUUGUUGUUAAUAUGACAUUUGGAUUAAUCUCCAGCUUCAACAGUACUACUUUUGUCCAUAAAUCUCAGGAAUGUUUUAGGCAGAAAACUGGUUUUACCCUGUUGAUAAUCAGAAGGAGUGUGCUUUAGGAUUUAUUGCAUAAUACUAUUCUUUAAUUGCAAUCCUAGGUAUCUAUAGCAUGAGUGGCCUUAGUGAGUUUGUUGAAGUGCACAUGUUUUUCAAGAGUAAAAUUUAAGAUUAAAAAUAUAUCCUAUAUAUAGAUAUCUAGAAAACUUGGUUUGUGGUGCACAGUUAAGUGUUGGAUCACUAAAUAACCAUUGCAGGUACCGUUUGUGUAACAUUACUCAUUUCUGUAUAUUCCUUUUAUGGGAAGAUAUUUUGCCAUGGUAACUAAAACUUUUCAGUUCUACUUUUAUGAUGUGAAUGAAUGCUACAUUUUAUUAAAUAUUACCAGGUCAGUACUAUUUUUAUACUUUAUUAAGCAACAGGGGAUUUUAGUUUAAUAGGCUCAGAAUAAAAAGUUCUUAAUGGAACAGUUAAAAACAAAACACUAACAAUCUUUACGUGAAAAUCCCCACUAAUAGUGCCACAAUAAUUUCUAUAGAAAUAUCUAAGGUCAUUAAAUAGAUUUUUGAAGACAGUUCUUCAUUGUGUCAGGAUGACCUUUCAUAUCAUUCUCACCAACUUGUAGUGCCCACCGUUAUUUGUAACUAUUAAACCAUACUAAGUAUGUUUGUAACCAGCAUUGUGAUAUAUUCUGUACUUGUAUUGCUAAAAAUGAAUUAUUGACCUAAUAAAUAUAGUGUUCCUGCA